AUGGGGUUAACGUUUUAUUUUUCCAUCACUAAAGGCAGACUAGCGCUAAAGAAAGUUAAGGCAAGAGAAAUAAAAACGGUGGGGUUGCUAGACGGAGCUAGAGUGCUGGGAGCGGGUUCGGCCAAAUCCAGUAGCUUUGUGCUCUUAAGAGAGAAGAAGACAAAGGAGAAGGAACACCUGGAACAGGAAAAGAAGGCUGCGUCAGUGGCCAAAAGACAAUUGCAGCAUCACAAUAUGUCUGAGAGUGAUAGUUUGGAUCCUACACAAUAUCGGGCUAACAGGUUGAAGAGCCUUGAAUCGUUGAGAGAAUCUGGAAUAAAUCUGUAUUCAGAAGCACCUCGCAACAUAAUCUCUAUCCGUCAAUUUAUCAGCAAGUAUGCUUAUUUAAGUGCUGGAGAGAAACUUGAGGCCAUUGAAAUCUCCUUAGCAGGGAGAGUAAUUACCAAGCGAGCAUCAUCGUCAAAGCUCUAUUUCUAUGAACUGCUUGAUGACGGGGCGAGAGUACAAGUAAUGGCUGAUGCAAGGGAUUCAGAUACGGAUACUGUUGCAUUUUCUACCUAUCACUCUGGAGUCAAGCGAGGCGACAUCAUUGCUAUCUGUGGAUAUCCUGGGAAGAGUAAGAGAGGAGAGCUAAGUAUCUUUCCAAGAUCUUUGGAAGUGAAAGCCCCUUGCCUACACAUGCUACCAAGGCGUUUGGCUGUCGCAGAUGAAACUCGAACACAGAGUUCCCAAGGAACAACAACUAACGGUACUUGGACUCCAGGAGAUGCAAGAAAUCCUGCUUCAUAUGUGUUAACUGACCAGGAAACACGGUAUCGUCAAAGGUACUUAGACCUCAUGAUAAAUCCAGAAGUUCAAAAUGUAUUCAGGACUCGCACCAGAAUCAUUAAAUAUAUCAAGCGUUUCCUCGAUGAUCUUGAGUUUCUCGAGGUGGAGACUCCUAAUAUGAAUUUGACUGCUGGAGGAGCUUCCGCGAGACCAUUUACUACUUACUAUAAUGAAUUGGACACAAACGUACACAUGCGUGUUUCCCCUGAGCUUUAUCUUAAGAUGUUGGUUGUUGGUGGAUUUAAUCGUGUUUAUGAGAUCGGAAAGGUAUUCAGGAAUGAGGGAAUUGAUCAAACUCAUUGUCCUGAAUUCACAAUUUAUAUGGCUUAUGCUAAUUACAAUGAUUUGAUGGAUUUGACAGAGCAACUAUUAUCAGGUAUGGUGAAGGAACUAAACGGAAGCCAUAAAAUACGAUACCAUGCUAAUGGCUCGGAUAAUGAACCAAUAGAAAUUGACUUCACUCCUCCAUUCAGAAAGAUUGAUAUACUGUCAGAGUUGGAGAGAGUGGCUAACAUCAGUAUACCUAGAGAUUUUUCCAGUGAAGCUGCUAAUAAGUACUUGCUAGAUGUAUGUGAAAAGUUUGAUGUCAAGUGUCCUCCACCUCAUACCACAGCACGAUUGCUCGAUAAGCUAGUUGGUCAUUUUAUUGAAGUAAGCUGCAUAAAUCCAACUUUUAUUAUCAAUCAUCCUGAGAUCAUGAGUCCACUGGCAAAAUCGCACAGAUCAGCGCCUGGUUUGACUGAGCGUUUCAACUUAUUUGUAAACAAGAUAGAGCUAUGCGAUGCCUACACUGAACUAAAUGAUCCUGUAGAACAGAGACGACGUUUCACUGAGCAAUUAAAGGAUCGAACAUCAGGAGACGACGAAGCAAUGGUUUUGGAUGAAUCCUAUAUUACUGCUUUAGAGUAGGAUAGACUUACAAUGUUGCUAACAGAUUCACAAAAUGUCAAGGAACCAAUCCUCUUUCCACCCAUGAGACCACAGUAAAAGAAUUGACCGAGAGAAGUUCCAUGAUCAGAUUGGUUGACUUAUUUGCAUUUUUAGAUAAAAACUUUCAGAUGCAGUUCCAGUAUUUGUGUAGAAUUUUGAUUUUAGUAUCUCAAUAUAAGCAUAAACACAAUAUAUUAAAGCUUUACUUAUUUCUGAGAGGAAGUGCAAGUGGUGGACAAGUUACUCAACAAUCAAUUUUUUAUAAUCAUCCAGUUGCGUAUGUUGUAUUACAA